AUGGCGAACCGAUGGUGGGCUGGACAGGUAGGUCUACCAGGAGGAGUGAAUGAAAACUCAGCAGCAGCCACCAACUCUCCAAUGAAAAACAUCAUUAAACCAGAUCUGGGAAUCUCAAUGAACAACAACACCGGAACCAGCAGCCUCGGAGGAUCAGGCGGCGACGACGAUGACGACCGAGACAACAACAGCGACGAUCCCAAAGAGGGAGCAAUCGAAGUCGCCACCAGACGCCCGAGGGGCCGUCCCCCGGGCUCCAAGAACAAGCCCAAGCCACCCAUCUUCGUGACCAGGGACAGCCCUAACGCCCUCCGCAGCCACGUCAUGGAGAUAUCCAACGGAGCCGACAUCGCCGACAGCGUCGCCCGGUUCGCCAGAACAAGACAGCGUGGUGUCUGCGUCCUGAGCGGAAGCGGCACCGUCACCAACGUCACAAUCAGGCAGACCUCCCCGGCAGGGUCGGUCAUGGCGCUUCACGGAAGGUUCGAGAUUCUCUCGUUGACCGGGGCGUUUUUGCCCGGACCGGCACCGCCCGGGUCAACUGGAAUGACUAUAUACUUGGCGGGCGUGCAGGGACAGGUUGUUGGGGGCAGCGUGGUGGGCCCGCUUGUGGCGUCGGGGCCGGUGAUGGUGAUCGCAGCCACGUUUUCAAAUGCGACGUAUGAGAGGUUGCCGUUGGAGGAGGAAGAAGAGGUGGGUGGUAAUAAUUCGGGGCAGGCGGCGGGAGGAGCGGGGUCCCCACCGGGGAUUGGUGGUAGCGGAGGAGGGAUGGGGGACCCGUCGAUGGGGGUGGGGGUUUACAACUUGCAGCCGAAUAUGCUUCCGAAUGGAGGAGGACAGGCACUGAGCCAUGAUCAAGGGGCGGCUUAUUCAUCUUGGGCGCAUGGUCAAGGUGGUGGUAGGCCUCCAUUUUAA